AUGAGCAGACAAGUCUCCAAGACAUCUGGAGGCGGGAGCCAGGGCUUCUCCGGCCGCUCCGCCGUGGUCUCUGGCAGCAGCAGGAUGAGCCACGUGGCCCGCACUGGGGGAGUUGGCGGAGGGGCCUGUGGGUUCCGGAGCGGAGCAGGCGGCUUUGGCAGUCGCAGCCUCUACAACCUGGGUGGCAACAAAAGCAUCUCCAUCAGCGUGGCUGGUGGCUCCUGGGCUGGUGGCUUUGGGGGAGGGCGUGGCAGCUGUGGCAGUGGCUUUGGGGGCGGCUAUGGAGGUGGUUUUGGGGGUGGCUUUGGUGGUGGCAGAGGAAUGGGAGGUGGCUUUGGAGGAGCUGGUGGCUUCGGAGGGGCAGGUGGCUUUGGUGGAGCUGGUGGCUAUGGUGGGGCAGGUGGCUUUGGUGGGGCAGGUGGCUUUGGAGGGGCUGGUGGCUUUGGUGGACCCGGCGGCUUUGGUGGACCUGGUGGCUUUGGGCCUGGUGGCUUCCCUGGGGGAAUCCAGGAAGUGACCGUCAACCAGAGCCUCCUGCAGCCCCUCAAUGUGGAGAUCGACCCCCAGAUUGGGCAAGUGAAGGCCCAGGAGCGGGAGCAGAUCAAGACCCUCAACAACAAGUUCGCCUCCUUCAUCGACAAGGUGCGGUUCCUGGAGCAACAGAACAAGGUCCUGGAGACCAAGUGGCACCUGCUCCAGCAGCAGGGCACAAAUUCCACCACAGGCACCAACAACCUGGAACCCCUUUUUGAGGCCUACAUCAACUCCCAGCGGAGCUACCUGGACGGCAUCCUGGGGGAGAGAGGCCGCCUGGACUCAGAGCUGAGGAACAUGCAGGACCUGGUGGAGGACUUCAAGAAGAAAUACGAGGAUGAAAUCAAUAAACGUACAGCUGCUGAGAAUGAAUUUGUGACCCUGAAGAAGGACGUGGACGCUGCCUACAUGAACAAGGUGGAGCUUCAGGCCAAGGCGGACGCCCUGAAUGAUGAGAUCAACUUCCUGAGGACCCUCUUUGAUAUGGAGCUGUCCCAGAUGCAGAGUCACGUCAGUGACACGUCCGUGGUCCUCUCCAUGGACAACAACCGCUUCCUGGACCUGGACAGCAUCAUUGCUGAAGUCAAGGCCCAGUACGAGGAGAUCGCCCAGAAGAGCAAGGCUGAGGCUGAGGCGCUGUACCAGACCAAGUUGGGAGAGCUGCAGACCACGGCCGGCAGGCAUGGGGAUGACUUGAAGAGCACCAAGAGUGAGAUCUCAGAGCUCAACAGGAUGAUCCAGAGGCUGAGGGCCGAGAUCGAGAACGUCAAGAAGCAGAACGCCAACCUGCAGACGGCCAUUGCGGAAGCUGAGCAGCGUGGCGAGAUGGCCCUCAAGGAUGCCAAUGACAAGCUCCAAGAGCUGCAGGUUGCCCUACAGCAGGCCAAGGAUGACCUGGCCCGGCUGCUGCGUGACUACCAGGAGCUGAUGAACGUCAAGCUGGCCUUGGAUGUGGAGAUCGCCACCUACCGCAAGCUGCUGGAGGGUGAGGAGUGCCGGAUGUCCGGAGAGUGCCAGAGCGCUGUCAGCAUCUCCGUGGUCAGCGGCAGCAGCACCACGGCGGCCUCCGCAGGUGGUUACGGAGGAGGAUACGGCGGUGGCUUCGGCGUGGGAGGGGGCGCAGGCAGCGGCUUUGGCCGGGCAGGAGGAAGCGGCCUCGGCGGCGGCAGUGGCUUCGGCGGCGGAAGUGGCUUCGGAGCCGGCAGCGGCCUCGGCAGCGGCUCUGGGUUUGCCGGCGGCAGCGGAUUGGGCGGCGGCAGCGGCUUUGGCUCUGUCUCUGGGGGUCGCAGCGGGGUCAGUGGCGGAGGCUUCAGCUCAGGCAGCACCCGCGGCGGCAGCGUCAGGUUCUCCCAGUCCUCCCAGCGCUACUCCAGAUAA